CAGCCCUCAUUUUCCCGCCCCUCGCGCGUUUCCUAGGAAGUGUUUGGUGUGCAGCGCGCAGGCGGACAGGCGGACUGAUCUGAGAGAAGGCUUUUGGCAUCACGACACAGCAUAGAUAUACAAUGAACGCCGGCUCAGCAGCUCACGUGUACGUCAUUACCGGUGGAGGGGGGUACUUUGGAUUUCGUUUGGCGUGCGCCCUCCACAAGGAAUCAUCAGAAAGAAUCCUCCUGUUUGACGCCAGGCCUCCGAGCGAGGCAUUGCCUGAGGGCGUGGAGUUUGUACAGGGGGAUGUACGGGACUAUGCUCAGGUGGAGAAAGCACUGCGGGGAGCAGCCUGCGUUUUCCACAUCGCCUCCUAUGGGAUGUCCGGGAGAGAGCAGCUUAACAAGAAGCUAAUUGAGGAGGUGAACAUUCAGGGAACUGAAAACGUUCUCCAGGCUUGUUUGGCCUUGGGAGUCCCCCGUUUGGUGUACACCAGCACAUUCAACGUGGUCUUCGGUGGACAGGAGAUACGCAACGGUGACGAGACCUUACCAUACCUUCCCCUACACCUUCAUCCAGACCACUACUCCAGGACCAAGUCGUUAGCAGAGAUGAAAGUGUUAAAAGCUAAUGGUUCCCCGCUAGCAGGUGAGCAUGCAGGAGUCCUGCAGACCUGCUCCCUGCGUCCUGCUGGAAUUUACGGGCCAGGGGAACAGAGACACCUCCCCAGGAUUGUGGGAUACAUAGAGAGGGGCCUCUUUAAGUUUGUCUAUGGGGAUCCUAACAGUCUGGUGGAGUUUGUUCAUGUAGAUAACCUGGUUUCUGCGCACGUGCUAGCAGCAGAAGCGCUAACAGAGAAACGCCAGAACUGCGCUGCCGGUCAGGCUUACUUCAUCUCUGACGGGCGACCAAUCAACAACUUUGAGUUCUUCAGGCCUCUAGUGGAGGGUCUAGGCUACUCUUUCCCCAAGCUACGACUUCCAAUAUCUCUCAUUUACUUCUUUGCAUUCAUUACUGAGAUGGUACAUAGCGUGGUUGGCCGAGUCUACAACUUCCAGCCACUUCUGACCCGCACUGAGGUCUACAAGACAGGGGUCACCCACUAUUUCAACAUGGACAAGGCCAGAGCAGAGCUGGGCUAUACACCCAGAGAAUAUGAUUUGAAAGAGGUGGUGGAGUGGUUUAAAAGCAGAGGACACGGGAGAAAACCUGCCAACUCGCCAAUAAAGAAGCUAAUCCUUGAUGUGGUGCUGUUUGCUGUCAUUGUGGCAUUAGUACUGUCUUUCCUACCAGUUGUAGGUCAGUAAAAUGUUUCUUCGUAGGCGUAGUGCUCAUCUGCUUUGUUUCCUGCAAUUUUGGGCAGCGUAAUUGUGUAAUUGAUUGAUUUUUUUUUUUAAGUAGUUUAAUGGCUGGUUUACAUAGGUGCGUGUAAAAUAAAGUUUUACAGUUUAUGUAACAUUUUUAUUAUUAUUAUUAAUAAUUUUAUUUCAGAUUUUUUCCCAUAUUCUCUCAAUUUGGUUAUCCAAUUGUCCCACCCCUUUGUGCGUCCCCAUCACCGGUGGCACCUGCGACUCUUGGAGGAUGCGGACAAGCACACGCCUUCUCCGACGUGUGAAGUCAGUCACCCCUUUUUUCGUGCUGCUGCUGAUUAAUCAUUGCCUGAGCAGCUAGCGCGCUCCGAGGAAAGCACAGCGGCUAUGUUCCCAUACAUCCGCUCACAGGUGCCCCGUGCCGCCCGGAGCCACCUUUAAGCGUGAUGGAGAGAGAGCGCCAUCUACCCACCCGGAGGGAGCAAGGCCAAUUGUGCUCUCUCUGAACACCGGCAGCUGAUGGACAGUUUAUGUAACAUUUUAAAAUAAUAAUUCCCUUUAUUUGGAAGCAGAUCUGCAAUGAAAACCUAUAGACCAAGCAGCUGUGACUCACAUGAGCCAUGUGUCACAUGGAUGUGAAAUGUAAUGGAAUAAAAAACAAAUAAAUAAAAAUAAAAAGAGGCAAUUUCUCCACUCAGUAGUUACAUUCCGAACAGACAGAAAUGUCUAGAAAGUGCUGGACUUUUGGAGAAAGUGCUUGAAAAUGCUUGAAAUUCUAACUACAUUUACUUUACAAUAAAUAACUAUCUGACUAAAUAAAUUCGCUUAAAGAAAAAAUUGCAGAGCGUAAAAUAAAAAAGGCUUUAAUUUCUUCUUUCUUCUAUUAUCAAACACAAUUCUGGUUGUGUUAAUAUAAACAUAAUAACAAAAAACAAAUUAAUAAUUUUUAGUAUAUGUAUGUAUAAAUGCUCUCAACUCAUCUUGAAUUUGACAUAUUACAGUAACUGCUCAUUUAAAUGAAUAGGGUAAACAUGCGGUGAAGAACAUUGGUAUUUAAAUUGUGUCAAAAACACAAAUAAUCCAUAAUUCCUGCUGGUUACUUACUUAGAAGUAUUUUGUUUCUCAGUAGCAUAGUCCCUGUGAAGUGUGGAGAAUAGUUUUGUGAUAUAUUGAUUAUCGCUGAAUCGCAGUUUUGAGAUAUCACUGUUAAUUUACAUUAAUUUACAACAGCUGAAAGGUGCUGGAAAAACUUGGAAAUGGGCCUUGAAAGUGCUUGAAAAUGGCUUGAAUUUGACCUUGUAAAAGGUGUAUGAACCCUGCAGACUGUGCCAAAAAAAGAGUUGCUAAUACAAACCAACCAACCAACAGAAAGUAAGUUCGGAAUAAGCUACCAAUAGGGUGCAGAGUGGUCCAGUGGUCUAAAUCACUCCCACUGUCAUCUGGGGCCAGUUGUUCAGAGGUAAUCUGAUCGGAUUUUGGUUAUCGGAUUGGAUCAAAUCUGGAAAACGGGUUGUUCAAAAGGGAAAGAAGCAUUCUGAAAUCGGAUCAGAUCACGUAAUCCAAUCCUAGUUUGUAAAUGGAUCAAACCUUCAGUUUCUGUUGUUCAAAACUUUUCAGUAGGAUUUGGAUAACUUUGAUCCAAAAAAACAGGAUUACCCUGAUCCCAACAAGGGGUAGGAUUUCAAGGGGGAUUUCAGGAAGUAAAUGUGGUAAAACUUUAAAAUCAAAGUUUUAAAGUAAAAAAAAAAUACAUUUGUACAAUUUAGUGUAUAUACAUUUACUUCUAUUUUGCACUUGACCUG